AAUAAUAACAAGAGCAACAGCAACAACAGCAACAACAACAACAACAACGGUAGUUGCAGCAGGAGACGCCGCAUUUAGUCUCAUUGUGGGGAGCAGCCGCCAAGCUAUAACGGCAUAGCAUCAGCAAAGAGUUCCCAGAAGAGAGCGCAGCAGCUAAAAGAGAAGGAGAGACAACGAGAGCGAUCUUAACGCUACGUUACGCCUCCUCAGCAGAAACGUUUAGGAGGAGUGGCAGCAGCAGGAAGUGCAGCAGGAGGACGAGGAGGAAGAAGAAACCGAUUUAAAAAGCUGCUGACUUUAACAAAAUUUUCAAAUGGAGACAAAAACCCCGCCACCAGUAAAUGCCAGCUAUCAUCAUCAGCGGGCUCCGCGGACACCGGAAAGUUAUUUUAAUGUUCCCGAAUCGGUGGCCCUGCUGAAUAUUGUGAAAUCGGAGCGUAUCCAGAGUGCCUUCCAAUCGAAUCGGAAGAAUCAUGCCAGCGUAUGGGAAAUGGUUGCGGAGGUCCUUAAUCGGUUUAGUGCCCGCAAGAGGACAGCAAAACAGUGUUGCAAUCGCUAUGAGAAUCUGAAAAAGAUCUAUACACAACUAAAAAAGAAUCCGGAACGACAUGUCCGCCGCAACUGGCCGUAUAUGUUUCUCUUUAAGGAGAUUGAGGAGCAACGCGGCGAGUGCUGGGGCUCAAAUGGUAAACGUCUCGCCCUGAUCUCUAAGAAUCACAAUGAACUGUCCUACUACCAGCGGCGCAGGCAGGCAGCCGAGCUGGGUGUCCUGCUCAACAAGGAUAAUCUGACGCCGCAUCAACACAGUCUGCUCCAGAGCCUAUCCGCCCAGAGUCAUGCCCAUUCGACAGACUCGUCCCAGAGCGGGGCCAGCAAGCUGGAACGCUUUUUGCCCAAUCAUUUUGUGGAGACUCAGCUGGGUGGGGGAGGGGGCGUUGCUGACACCAAUGGCAAUGGCUUGGCGGUGGGCCUGCCCGCUGGGGUCUACGAUGAUAGCCCACUACAGUUGCAGGUGGCCGGCGCUGUGGCAGCAGCAGCCGCUGCUGUUGUGGCACAAAAGCGAGCUCAUGAACUCCAGCUGAACAACGGUGGCGGAUCGGCGUGUGGACCAGGAGGAGGUGUUGGUGGUGGUGGAGGAAGUGGUGGUGUUGGUGGUAUUGGCGGUGGCAGCAACAGCGGUAUGGGUGGCUGUGGCAUUCCAGUCCCCGACGAUGAGGAUGAAGAGGAAGGGCACAGGGCUGCAUUUAAGGAUCAUCAUGGACAUGGCCAUGGUCUGGGGCAUGGCAUCGAUGAGCCACCCGAAGCUCCAGACUACGAGAAGGAUUGCAAUGGAGCACUUAAUUUGCACCACCAUCAUCAUCAUCAUCAUCAUCACCAGAACAGCAGCAACAACGACAACAACAUAUCCAUGAAAUCAGAACCACUCUCUGAAGGUGAAUUCAACCCCGAUGACAUACAACUGAUGCAGACCAAUUACAAUGGAACACAGAACUUUUAUUCGUCCAGCAUAGAUCAAAACAUAUUGCAUCCAGAUGUCAUAGUGGACACAGAUAAUCUGUCCGACUGCAGUUCGAAUGCGUCCAUGAAGAGCGCUGUUGCUGGAGGGGGCGCCAAAAGGAAAUUGUCCACCUCAACCGAUGGCGACAGCACCAAUUAUGAAUUGAUUGAGUACCUGAAGCGAAGGGAGAAACGGGACGAGGAACUGCUCAAGCGAAUGGAUGCCCGUGAGGAACGUUUCAUGAAUCUCCUGGAGCGCACUGUCAUCGCCAUUGAGACAUUGGCAGCUGGCAGAUCAGAGCCAACAUCAACAUCAGUAUCAGCAGCAGCAACUAAAAUAGCUCCGAUAACUGCACCAGGAACAACAACAACGACAACAACAGUUACACCGUCAACUGCACCACCACAACCAACAACAACAACAGCCAAGACAUCAGACGCAACAAGUCAAGAGACUAAUAACCAAACAAGGGUAUCAUCGCCACCUCUAUGUUUAGCCACGUCAACAACUCCUCCACCCGCCGAGCAAUCCAACGUCAGUCCUUGCAGUCCUCUUAGUCCUAGUCCCGUAACUGCCACCAGUGAGGACGUGAUUGUCCUGAUUCCCGACGAACAGGAGGCGUAGAAGGGAAGUUCUCUCUCUCUCACCUCCCUCCCCACCCCCACAAAGAAUGCAGUGCCAAAGACGAGCUACGUCUCGAAUUUUGAUUGAGAUUUUGCCACGUUUACUUAAAGAAACAAACAGAAGAAAGCCAAAAACCCAAGUGCUUAUACAAUUGGACUACUCGAAUAGUUGAGGAAUAUUGGCCAUCGCAAUGUUUGCGUCAAUAAUAAUUUUAUUUAGACUUAAGUUAUUUUUUUAUUAU